CCAUCCAUCCAUCCAUCACACAUCGCAAAUUCAAAUCCAAAAUCCCAACAUGGAUCCCGAAAAGCAACCCCUCCUCCCCCAACCACCAAGCAGGACCGAGCCCGAACCCACACCUUCCCUCCUCGACCUCCGAAAAACCGCCCUCGAAGCCCAACGCGCCUACAUGCGCGCCUGGUCCCGCGCAACCUCAGGGAAGUGGCACAAACGCAUCAUGUUCUCCGUCACAGCCCUCUUACUCACAACCCUCCUAUACGGCACAAUAAUCGUCGUAUCCUCCGACUCGACUCCUGCAAGAAAAGUCCCUCUGGAAGCACACAUCAUGUCAAAAUGCCCGGACGCAAAAGACUGUCUGCAUGACUUGAUUUUACCGACGAUGCAACGCGUCGGGGACAAAGUAGAUUUUCGGUUAAGUUAUAUUGGAAAUGCGACGGAGAAUGACGAUGGGGUGGAGUGUAAACAUGGACAGGAAGAGUGUUUGGGGAAUAUCAUUGAACUUUGCGCUGCUGAGAAGUAUCCGGAUGCGAAAACUUAUCUCGGAUUUACUAUGUGUCUUACCAGAGAGUAUGAACGGAUUCCGGAACGGGCGUUGAUCGAGGAUUGUGCCUUGGAGCAUGGUCUUGAUAUGGAUCAGAUACAGGCGUGUACGAUCAGUAAAGAUGGGGCACUAUCCGUGGACCUUCUCAAGGCCUCGUUCAACCGCUCGUCGAGCGCCGGCGUCACGAAGAGUUGUACCGUACGAUUGGACAACAAAAUCCGCUGUAUUCGGGAUGGAGGAGAGUGGAAGGAUUGUCCCGCUGGUCACAGCGUUGACGACCUCGUGAAAGAUAUUUUGAAUCUUUCAAAAGCCUAUUGAGAGGAGCAGUGCUUAACCGAAUCCUGGCUUUUAAAAUUCAUGCCAGAGAUUCAUCCUAGGACCAAAAAUUGCAUAUCGUCCGUCAUGCCAUUCAUGCUCCUAAUGAUCAU